UGGUAACGUACGCUAACAUAGUGGCCGAAUGUAAUUCAAGGUUUAUGGCGUACAAUAUUGAGGCAGGAAUAUCGCAGUGUAAGUACAGUCCCCUACGACGCUGACAACAAAAAUCGUGCUCUCGGAACAAUAACGCUGGCAUUCAGUUAAGAUAAAGCAGUGCGGUCAUAGAACAGUUUAAAAUUUUACUCGGAAUCAAAUUAGUCGUGAUAGGGCUGCGAAAUCACAGUCGCACGAUCCGCUCGCAGCGAUGUGGAUCAUCGUAUUGCUUCUGUACCUCGUCACAGGAACUCGCCAAUUGUCCAUAACAGAAUUCUCAGUACCAAAUGUAAUAGAAAUAGGAGAGGACGUUCGAUUGCAAUGUAGAUAUCAAUUGGACCCUCAGGAGUCUGAUAAGGCGUUGUUUGUGAAGUGGUGGUUUACACCACUGAACGGUACUAGUGACCAACGUAGCCAAAUGUACCAGCGGAUUGCGGGCCACGAAGCCGCUGCCAUACAUCAUGAUAUCAAACUAGACGAAAAUGACGAUAUUUUACUAUUGAAUGUAACUCCGGCUGAUUCGGGUGUAUAUGAAUGUGAAGUUUCAAAUAUAGACGAAGUCAGAAGACACAGCAGUCUUCUGGUUUAUACUAAGGGUAGUGGUCCAUCUCUGAACAUUACUUUAAUAGAAGACGGAUCAGAUGAUGAUGAAGAGGAGGAUGCUCUCAUAACUUGCAGCGCUAGUGAUGUUUCACCUUCUCCCUACAUGUAUAUCACCGUGGAUGGGGAGUAUCUGGAUUCGGAGGAAUUGCUGUCCGGGCCGGAAGAAAAUCUGUAUGAUAUAACAAGUUCAGCGAAUGUCAGUAAAAGCAAAAUAGAGGGCGUUGAAGUCGCCUGUCUAAUGUUUUACAGAGAAAUGAACAGCACGGAAUACCCACAUUAUUCCUAUACCAUCACGUAUCACAGCGACGAAUCAGCGCUGUCUACCACGGAGCUCGUCGAGGAGUCCACAACAGAGACUUCAGAUAUCUUAAAAAGCACUUGUGACGCAGGGUUUGGCUUGGCGUCGUCUGCUCUUCUAGUCAUCGCUACUUUCUUUAUCAGCCUAUCUUUAAAUUAAGCCUUCCUUGUGAUACUAAUAAAUAAAUAUAUGUUUUUAUAUUAAAACUUUUUUUAAAUUUUCA